AAAUCGUGACGGAGACGAACAAAUAUAUAGUUAAUGAACCUGUGAUUUGAAGCAAGGUGUGGCCAUUUUCAUUACAGACCAAGGCAGUUGUGUAAAAGUAUAUAAGCAGAAGUAAAGCAAGAACUGAACUCACGGACCAGCGGCGAUUAUCAACCUUUACCCAUCUCCGCUGUUCACCUCACAUACCUCGCACAUGGAUCGGUUGUCGAUCCUAUGCAGAGGUCUUUCUCAAAUCUGCAACAACAUGCCUAGUGACGAUGAAGGGGAGCCAGUCAUAUGCAGAAACGUCGAUGCUGACUCAAACCAAACUCCAACAUAUGAACAGCCGAACAGCGCCAUAGGAGGGAACAUGGACAAAGGUGACGAUGAUGCUCGUGGGGGUCCUGGCAUUGAUAGACAGCAUGAGAGCGCGAGUCAUCAGGGGGAAGACAGAAGUUGUUUACAAACAACGGGUAACCAUUACUCGGGAUUCAACUUCACUCCCAGAUCUCCGAUUGCCGAUCCCUCGCAACGUUUUGGAUCGUCCGUCAACGACCUCUCAAGAUGGAACGAAUUGGCGUGCGAUGAAAGAACACAGGGAGCUUACGCAUCAGGCAGGUCCAGUGUUCCGUCAGACUACAGGCCUUUCACCGAGCGACAGAGCGAGCAGUUCUCCGCGCAUCUUACAGCGUCGAAGGAAGGCGAAAAGAAGACUGUCGAGGCGCACCAGGAGUCGAAAGUUCUCGAAGACAACGUGGUGACAAAAGAACAAGAACAGGAACUGAGAACCGGGUCUCUCCCUGACUUUGUUAAGGGCAAGGACGAUUUUUUCCUGGAAAGGAACUUGUACAGUCAGGGAGGAAUGGUGUCCAAAUCUGCCAGCUUCCCAGAGAUAUACUCCCAGGCGCCUUAUCAAUACAAUGCAAUCCACGAUGACAGUGCAACAGACAAGCAGAAACGGAAUAUGUCUCUCGAUUAUUCACCAAAUGCCAAGGAAAUGUUAGGGAACACAGCUUUGCAGAUAAGCCCUAUACCAACCAGGCGAAACGUUUCCCAAGACAACAGGACGUUUAAGCAAGGCAACAGGCAUCCUCCUUCGCUUUCUUCAGGGUCAUUGAAAAGGAAAAGUGAAAGGGAGAGACACCAAGAAGAUCCACAACACAAGAAGUUUCAGAAGUUCUCGGAGAGACACCAAGAAGAUCCACAACACAAGAAGUUCCAGAAGUUCUCGGGUCUACCAAACGUGGGAAACACAUGCUACAUGAACUGUGUUCUGCAGUGCUUAUAUCACACAACAGAGCUCACUGACUUCUUACUUUCCAAAAAUGUCCAUAUUAACCUCAACGCCAAGACGAAAGGAGCUAUCACAAAGGCGUAUAUAGAACUGCUGACCCAUAUGAAGAGCAACACAAAUACAGAAGCUGCAUUACGCGAACUAAAGUGGGUGGCCGGAGAGCUUGACCCCGAGUUCUAUGGACCAAGGCAGCGAGAGGCCCAUGAUUUCCUGUCGAUGAUACUGACUUGGCUUACCAAGGAGCUUGAGAAGAACACCGGCGAGUUGAAAAUCAAGGAGAUAACGAUUCCCAAUCUCCGUCCUUCGUUUCUAGUCGAUCUGUUCAACGGUAUUCACUGUUCAACAUUUACCUGUGAGAGGAAAAAUAAGGUGUUCCUCACAAAAUACGAACCUUUCAGUAACCUGAGUUUAGCCGUAAACAGUAUGAGCAGUAGCAUGGAGGACGUGUUCAAGGGGCAUUACAAGAGCCAGAAGAUUAUGUGGACAUGUAAAGUGUGCAACGAAGACCACGAGUGUCGCCAUGAGACCAGGAUAUAUCGCCUGCCGCCUGUGCUGAUAGUGCAUCUUAGUAGGUACAACAGAUCCGCAAUCGGCACCUCGAGGAAGGCUGAAGUAUUCCCCUCCCUCGUGCUUAGCUUGGAUGCUCACCUGCAUUAUGAGGUCAACAGAGGACAGACGUACGAGCUGUAUGCUUUCUGCACCCAUCUAGGGAGGAUGUCUGGCGGCCACUACAUAGCCCAUUAUAUGGACCAACCCGGCAGUUGGACCCUUUUUGACGACUCCUUUGUUCAAGAUGAUCAGUCUCCUGACAUUGAUAAAGCCCAUAUUCUGUUCUACCGCGCCAAACGGAAGGAUUUGGUGACACCUUUUAGGGAGGUUGUCGACGGCCGUUAGUGUUUUCGUUGAUGCCGCGUGCUUCGUCCUCUCCCGGGAAACUCUUGGCUUGUGGCGCCAUCUACGUGUAAGCAGAAGUAUGGGUUGAAACAGAUAAAGAACCCCCCUAAAAACACAUUAAUUUGUAACAAUUUUUUUGCGAGGAACUAUCAUUAAACGUCGAAGGCUGCAGAAAGGAAAAAUAUAUAUAUAUAUUUAGAAAUACAAAACAUAUUAACAGAAGCAUUAACGGUCAGUCCAUUAGUAUGACAUAGAGACUUGGUGAAUCGGAGUGAAGCAGUUUCCAUUUUUCCCUGAAAUUAGGUACUUAUUUUCGAACUGCAUUCACGUUAUUAAUUUUCAUCCAUUUAUAUGUUAUUCAGUAAUUGUAGCAAUGAUUAAUUGAUAAUAAAUUGCAAUGGCUAUAGA